GUACACACGCACAUCGGAAUACGGUCCUGCUCAUAAAAUAUUAGUUGUUGUAAACUUUGCGGAAUAGUUGGGGUGAACGAGUUUUUAAACUGAACUAACUAAACUGGAGGAUCAAGUGUUUGGAAGUCGGUGAAUUUGGCUGAAUAAUUUCGAGAAAAAAAUAAGCCGGAAGGUAAAGUGAGACUUUGAUAGGCCCCCAUCCCCCUUCCAAAAAAUCAAAAAUCCUGUGACCUACACCUUGAAGGGGCACCGUCGAACGGAACAGUAACAGUUGUCCAAAAUGAGCACGGAUGUGGCCCUUAACAAUGACCUCUCCCUGACGGAGGAAAAGAAGAUCACCACCACACCGGUGAUGGAGUUCUACCGCGGCAAGAAUGUCCUGGUCACCGGAGGAACCGGCUUCAUCGGUCGACUGCUGAUCGAGAAGUUGCUCAGAAUCAACGUCCGUCAGAUUAUAUUACUAUCGAGGCCCAAGAAGGGCAAAACCGUGCAGGAGCGAUGCGACGAACUGUUUGGCAGUGUAGUUUUCAUGAACCUGAAGAAAAACUAUCCUACCUUCAUGGACCGGGUCAAAAUUCUCGAUGCGGAUCUGCAGCAUCCUGGCGUGGGCCUGUCAGAAGAAUCGAUCGACUACAUCGUCAAGAAUACACAGAUUGUGUUCCACGCAGCGUCCGAUGUCCGUUUCGAUCAGGCUCUGAAGAAGGCCAUCGAGGUUAACGUCCGGGGAACGCGGGAUCUGCUCCGGAUUUGCGAGAAAAUUAUCAAUUUGGAGCUCUUCAUUUACAUUUCGACCGCAUACUCGAACUGCCCGGAGAAAACCAUCAAGGAGGAGUUCUAUCCACCGCCGUCCAAUCCCGAGAAGAUGAUCCAACUGGUCGAGGCAAUGGAUGACCACUUUGAGGAGCAUAUCAACAAGACAAUCCAGGAUUUCAUUCACCCAUGGCCCAACACGUAUGUCUACACCAAAGCUCUGACGGAGGACGUGGUGCGUCAGUUCGGUGAAUUACUCCCAAUCGCAGUCGUUCGACCGUCCAUUAUUAUCGCUACCAACGAGGAACCGAUCGAAGGCUGGACGGACAACAUCUACGGUUUGAACGGGGUCGUCGCCGGCGUCGCCCUCGGUAUCAUCCGUGUCAUGCUGGUCAAUGACGACAGCGAUGCCGACAUCAUUCCGGCCGAUUUCGUCGUCAACGGGGUGCUAGCCGCCGGAUGGCAGACCUACAUCGAACGGAAGCACGACCGAGCCGUUGAAGCCAAGAGCUCCAACACCGACAUGAAGGCGGUGGUUCGACCGCGGACGAAAAUCUACAACUGCGUCACCGGAAAUGAUAACCCGAUUACUUAUCAGAAAAUCUACGACUAUUCGAUCCAAGUCGGGAAUCAGUGUCCCCCGAAGCGGUCCCUGUGGGUGGUUUGUCACAAUACGACGACCAACAAGUACGUGUACGAGUACUACAAGUUUCUCUACCACCUGGUGCCGGCGUUUUUGAUAGACACCUACCUGAGAGCAAUCCGAAGGACGCCACGCAUCAUGGACCUGUACCGGAAAGUGCACAAAUUUGCCACCGUCAUCUCGUACUUUGCCAACAAUCGGUGGUAUUUCGAGAAGGAAAACAUGAAGGCUCUCGUCGAGAAGCUUUCCCCCGACGACCGGGUAAUGUUCCCGUGUGACAUCUCCCGGAUCAAUUGGCCGGACUACUUCUGGACGUACAUCCAUGGCCUGCGGCGGCACAUUGCCAACGAGCCGAUAGAAAACCUCGAGGAGGCCAGGAAGCGACACCGGCAGAUGCGGCUCGUCCACUGGUUCAUCCUGGCUGCGUACUACUUCUUCUGGGCAGUGCUGCUGUUCUACAUCUUCAAGUGGGCUCUGUUUUGAAUCUGAGAACCAGAGCUAAAUCAGCAAUCGUCGAUACCAGGCAGUGUGAUAGAUUUUUCUUUUAUGAGUGCGUGUGUGUGUGUGUGUAAUUGAAUGC